UAUUGGCGGUGCUAUGCGACGCCCAGGCGCCCGUCGAAAUAUACCCACAAAAUCCAGUGGUCCUGGAGGGUCAAAAUCUCACCAUGCUCUGCCGUGUGGGGGUGGAUGUACACUACUGCAGAAUUACAAUACCCGGUCUGAAGAAUUCGCUGAAUUUGAAGUCCGGACAGCGUGUGGGAGGAUAUGAGUAUUAUGGCGCAGGCUUGGAGCAAGGACAGUGCGGCGUCCAUAUCGGAUCGGUGACCGCCAAGGAAGCAGGAGAAUUCAAAUGUUCGAUGGGAACAUCGCCCAUUGAAAGUGAUGCCAGCACGACAAUCAUCGUAGCACGUGAGUUUGAUAUGCUGAUGACAUAUUAA